GCUAAGUGAUGAAGAUGCAAUAUAAGCCUCCCUUGGUAGCAUUUGAGUGUUGUUGAUUAUCAUUAAAAAUGACAUGUGCUCUCAAUAUCUCCUACUACAUUUAGAUUGUUGUAAAAUAAAUCUAUGUAAAUUCUUGAGAAAAACAGCUCAACUAAUUUUUGGAUAUAAAAAAAUUGGCGAGUUAAGAUAGUGAUGUUCACAAAUGCACUAAGCCAUACUUCUGACUAGGUGUAAGAAACCACUGUUAUGCCUCAAAGGUAAGCCAUGCUUCUGACUAGGUUUGAAAAUAUACUUUCUUGGCUUUUCUCUGCUUUAAUUUCUCAUCAUAAAUUGUGUGUUUGGAUAAAUAUAUUUUGAUACUAAAUGUAUUUAAUCAAAAGAUUAUGUGGUCAAGAUUAUUACAUAUGCAGAGCGGUUAGAAAUAUAUGGUUAUUACAUACUGCAGUUCUUGUCCAAAAGAAUAAACUUUGUGGUCAAGAUUACAUGUGAGGAAUAUUUUCUAGUAGUUUUUCAUUUCAAAAUAAAGAUAGGCCUAUCCAAUAAUUUUGUGGCUAUGAUUAUAUUAUGAAUCUAUUCUUUCCCUUCCACCUUCUCCUCUCACUAACGCUGUCUUUUACCAAUUUUCUAAACAGUUAACUAAAAAUGUCUUCCUUUAUUGCCCUUCAAAGCUUUCAUGGCUCUUUUCUUAGAUCAAAGUUCUUAGGCCAUGGCAGCUUAACUCAUCUUUAUCCUAAGGCUUCAACCAUUCAAAGCAAACCAACCUACAAAAGAAUACAACCUUGUGCCAAGUUCGACUUGCUGCAAAUCAUGGGAGGCCGAGGACUCUGCAAAGGAGAAGAAGGUCUUCUAAAAGAGCUUAAAAGAGAAGUUGGUUUCGAUGAUCAGAACCAACCAUUACCAUCAGAAGAAGGUAACAACGAUCAAGAAAACUCAACGCAAUCCGUUGAAAGUGUUGCUGAAGAUGGUUUCGAUAAAGAGUUAAUGGGAUUAACCGGAGGGUUUCCUGGCGGUGAAAAAGGGUUGAGAAAAUUUAUCGAAGAAAACCCUCCUCCAAAACCUGAUACUAAUGAUAAAAGACUUCAACUUUCAUCGUCAGAGAAACCAAAACCACCAGAACUUCCUAUGUUACUUCCAGGAAUGAUUGCUAUUGUGAAAAAUGAAAAUAAUCCUUUUUACAUGUACUGUGGUAUUGUUCAAAGAAUCACUGAUGGUAAAGCAGGAGUACUCUUUGAAGGAGGGAAUUGGGAUAAGUUGAUCACUUUCAGGCUUGAAGAAUUGGAGAGAAGAGAAAAAGGUCCUCCUAUGAAGAAUCCUAAGUCUUGUGUUCUUGAACCAUUUCUUGUAAAGAAAUCGUAGUUUUAAGGUCUUUGUUGUGUCAUUUUGUAUAACAAAAGAUGUUCACUUUUGUAUUGUAUCAUACAUAUUUCUGACAGUUAAAUCUUAGAUGAGUGUUUUCAUGGCUG